AGCAGCACAUGCAAGAGACACACGCUUGUGCGAAUUGUCGAUAGUGAGAAAAACUAUUUUCAUUCACUUGAAUAGAAUUUCUUGCGAGAAAAAAAUCAAGGAGAUUCAUUUAUAGCCUGAGGCUGUCCUACACAGGAGUUGGUAAAGCUGCAUUGAUUCAUUCCGUUGAAAAACUGAUCUCAACUGUAAAGUGAAAGGAUCAAUGCUGUGACAGUGGGUACGGGAAACAGCUCUCAGUGAAUAGAAUGGCUGUAAACCCAUCGGAUGUAUGUCAAUGCUGAACACAGCACUGGACUAACGUACAAGGAUGACAUAUACGCUGUGAACGCUCGGACUAGCGCCGUGUAACUUUAUUAUCACUGCGCAUCGUGACUUUUCUUUCAAGCUUAGACCACCGAGGUUGAUGGUGGUCCACUGAAAUCUCAGCAAAAUUGGCUGUACAAUGGGAACGGGGCAUUCGGCGCGGAAGGAAUCUUUCGACGCGAAUGGAGAAGUCAACUUCGACCACUUUCAAAUUCUCCGUGCCAUCGGGAAGGGAAGUUUUGGGAAGGUGUGCAUUGUCCAGAAGAAGGAUACAAAGAAGAUGUUCGCCAUGAAGUAUAUGAACAAGAACAUGUGCGUGAGGAAGGACGCCAUCUUGAACGUGUUGCGUGAGGUGGAAAUCAUGAGGACAUUAGACCACCCGUUUCUGGUGAACCUGUGGUUCACCUUCGAGGACGAGGAGGACAUGUUCGUGGUGGUGGACCUGCUGUUAGGGGGCGACCUCAGGUACCACAUGCAACAGGACGUGGACUUCACCGACACGCACGUCAAACUGUAUCUGUGUGAGAUAGCUUUAGCACUGGAUUACCUCAGGAGUAGGAACAUUGUGCACAGAGACAUCAAGCCUGACAACAUCUUACUGGACGAAGAAGGUCACGCACAUAUAACGGACUUUAAUAUCGCCACCACACUUGCCACUGGAGAACUAGCGACAUCUAUGUCUGGAACCAAGCCUUAUAUGGCCCCGGAGGUGUUCGCCUGUUCCUUGGAUGAAAGCCGUGGAUAUGGGUACCAGGUAGAUUGGUGGUCCUUGGGGGUAUCAGCGUUUGAAUUGCUCAAAGGAAGGAGGCCUUACGAGAUCCACGGUUCAACCUCCCUGGCUGAGGUAAAGGCGCUGUUCCAUACUACCAAGGUGCACUACCCCUCGCUCUGUGAUAACGGCAUGAAGGACCUCCUCCGACAGUUGCUGGAGGUGGAUCCAAGUCAGAGGUUGUCCACAUUGUCUGGCUUCCGUAGACAUCCUUUCAUGGCGGACACAGACUUGGACCCAGUGCUCAGGAAAGAAGUCAAACCUGCUUUUGUGCCUUCUAAGGAUCACCUCAACUGUGACCCCACGUACGAACUCGAGGAGAUGAUCAUAGAAACGAAACCGCUGCAUAAGAAGAAGAAGAGACUGGCCAAACAGAACUCCAGGAAGGGGGAGAUGAUGUCCCAGUCUUCAACAGAGGAAAUGGACGAGCUGCAGAUCUAUCUGAAGAGUAUAGGAAAAAACUUUACACCUUACAACAGGGAGAAAAGUCUCGAGGAGCAAGAGAGGAAAAAGCUAGCAGACCUGGAAUCGGAGAAGCAGAAGACACUAUCAGACGAUCCCGAGAAGCAAAAGAUAGAAGCAGACGACACCGAGCCGUCUUGAUACCCAUCCUCGCUACACAGGGGUGUAUCUGUUGUAUAAUAUUUGGCUGAAUUUUCUCCUUUAUAUUAUAUAGGCAAUAACAGUUCCGGAGAAAUAUAACAAUCUCGCAGCCAGAGUAUCACCAUCAGGUCAUUAUUUGCAAUAUGUGGGUUAUAUUCCAGGAAAGAAAAUGCACAUGUGCACUUUCUGUUGUUGUUUAUAAUAUGAUUUGCAUAUUUACACGUCAUCCAAUAUCGGAUGACAUGCGGGACAUUUUUAAGACGAUUCCGAUAAAUGAUAACAGCUUACCAAAAGCCAGAAGCAUCUUUAUUGAAAUAAGGUGGCGCUGUAGAGAGCAGAGAACAGCCAAUUGAAAUAUAUACGUCGUGUACCUUGGUCAGAUUUAUUGAAUGACUAUGGGACCAAAGGCUGAGGGUCUAGGGGGAGUUGGUUUAAUGGAUUCUUCAGUCGACGUUUGUUUCUUUCAUUAGAUAGUAAUCAAUAACUGUUUUAAUUGUUAUUUUACUGUCAGUGAAGCCAAAAUAGCGAGUUAAUUUCAUUGUGUUGCUUUUAGUUUCACUUCGCAACUGACUUUGCUGUCAUGUAUUAUUCAUACAAUGGAACAUAUCUCCUUUCAUGACAGUUAGAAGUGGUAACUAGCGGAAAGAAUUAUGUAGCUGCAAUAGUAUUUUGAGGGCGUUCGCUCAGUUGUUUUCAGGGCAAAUCAGUUUCUUGUGAUGAGCGUCAUUAAGAGUGGACCAGAGCUACACAACGUUCUGUUCAGACUUUUGAUCUUUUUUCAUACUGCUCCUUUUCAGCUGCACGGACAAACUGACCUUGACCUUGAAGAUAAUGUCAGGUCAUAAUUGUUACAGCCAUGUAUGUAUGCCCAAAUGCUUGUUUGACCCUUAAUAUCUCAUGACCCCAUUUACUUCGUCCAGCUCAAUACCAUCCUCGGUUAUGCAGGGUGUUUUAACACCAUUCUGUUAUUAUAAACGCCCUGGUCCAUUUGCCUUUGUUUCGAGUCCUUUUCGAAAACGUGGACGCAAAUAGAUGAAAGGUCAAAUUACUUCCAUGUACGAGGGAAAUUCAGCAAAAGGUUACUGAUAUGAACUACAGAGGUGGUGACGUCACUUCCCAAAGAACGCCAUGACAGGUCCGACAUAUUGAUCGGAGUAAAAUGGGGACACACUGCAUAACAGAGGAUGUCCCUAUACGCACAGACAAACAUAUCUUGCAGAAAAAUACAGAGCAAUCUACCACAAUACCGAUAUGCAGUUAAUGCAAAGGAAUGACUGCAAAUCUGAUGAUUUGUUACAGAAACGGGUGGUUAUAAAAGUUUUGUGCGUUGUUAUAAAGUUACAGUGACAUUACGUAUCACUAUAGUUACAUCGUGGACAACCAAUGGUCGAUAGAAUGAGCAGCGAUCAUUCAGGAUUCCAGAGAUUCCAGAGUGGAUUACAGAGAUUCCACUCUCUGGAAUCAUCUUCCACUGGAGCUAAGGACAAUAGACAACCUGAAGAUUUUCAAAUCCAAACUGAAGACAGAGUCUAACUUUUCUUUCUUGAGCUGUUCGGAGAGCGCUACUGAGCAGUACUUUUGGACUGGAAUUGGCGCUAUAUAAAUGUUUUCAUGAUGAUGAUGAUGAUGAUGAUGAUGAUCAUGAUCUCUGUUUGCAUCGAGUACUGUUUUUAGAAUGAAACAUAAAUUGCAACCAUCCCUCGAUGCUCAUGAUGUCAAUCACUGGAUCGUCUGUGCAGAUUCGAUUUUUAUAGACCGCCGUCAUAUUGCUGGAAUAAUGCUGAGUGCGGCGUUAAACAACAGUCUGGCUGAAAUAUUGCCAAUGAGACGUUAAACAUUCUGAGACCCCAGAAACCAUUGUGUUGCUAAUAGGGGUAGCAAAGUGGGUACAGUGUUUCCGGUGUUUGGUUCCCAACAUGGGAAUGCCACAUUGUGUAGAGUCGAUUUUCCAGUAUCUCAUGCUUGUCUAAGGAGCGACUAAAAUCUCUUUCUGCCAGUCACUGUCCAGACCUGGUCACUGUAAUAUGCCAGAAUGUGAGCAAGACGACCUGAACACUCACUGCGGCAUCGAGGUCCUUCGUCGACAUGUUGUCUUGUCACAGGACACAGGGACACUCGAUCCUUCAAGAAGUACAUCUCCGAUCGUUUACAAUCAUGAAAUGUUACAGCAUUUUUACAAAAAAGUAUUUAUGAUGACUAUUGUUCAAAACAUACGUCCUAAUGGCCGCAAUCGAGAGGAGGUAUGUUUUGUGCAGUAGUGUAUGUCUAUGGUAUGAGUUGUUAUUGCGUUUGAUUUACAUGCCAAUCAUUUAUUAAACAUUAAAUUUCUGAACUUGUAUAUAUUAACACAGUUAUAUUUAUAUGUUAUAAUUCAAAUGCAUAUUUGUUUUGUAAAUAUUUAUUAAUGUUAUUUUAAUGUAUAUAGCCUCUAUUCACGGUUAUAGCGGAUUGUAUUAAUAUGAAAACAUUCACUUCGUGUUGCCAGGAUAAUGUUUCGUGUAACGUAAAUAUAUUAAAUAUUUACAAAUUGUUUAUUUAAAAGUCAUAAGACUUGUUUUCGAGUAUUUUAAUCUCUUUGUCUUGAAUAAUAACAUUCGUAUUGAAGAGGAACACUUUUUCUGCAUAGACAACUUCUUUAAUGUCAUAGAUGCUAGAAGUCGUCUAUCCAUAGAAGUUGAUCCUCUUUAUUAUACCAACUUCUUGAUGCCACUGAAAGAGGUGAGUUCAUUAGCGAAUUUAAUCCCCGGGAAACAUCCAGGCUACAAUUGCACUUACUUUCGUAAGAGGCGACAAUCGGUAUCAGGUAGUCAGGGCUGAAGGUUUGACCAAUACAUUGGUAUCCCAAUAUCGAUGUUCAUCAAUUCAAUCCAGGCUCGAUCAUUUACAGACCGCCGUCGUUUUGCUGAAAUAUUGCUGAAUGCGACGUUACCAAUCUGACACGCCGCCGAGAAGGUGCCAUUACACUUUCACUCUACUUUUAACACGGACAUUGGUUAAGACGAUGCUGUUUCACAUGCAUGUCGUGUCGGCACCGAGUUGCAUGGCACAACAACACCAUGCCAUUAGAAUGUCACAAAAUGUCCAGUUAAACACAUCCGUUGUUGAACCUAGAUUCAUUCAUGUUUGUUAUUUAUUGAAUGCCAUUAAUAAGAAAAAUAACACCUAAAUUAGUGGGCAAUAUACUGACAAUUUGUAUUGUUUAUAUCCUCGUGUAUGUAUUUAUUAUAAACCAUGUGUGGAUUCCUGGUUUAAGAAGUUCCCAGUAUUUCGUGCUUGUCAUAAGAACCGACUUAAAUGCUCUUUCUGCCAGUAGGUUAUUCGCCUUGUUCAGAUGCGAUCAUUUAAAGGCCGCCAAAAUAAAGCUGUCAUAAUGUCACUCACGAAUGUAUAUAAUAAUAAUAAUAAUGAAAAUUUAUACAGCGCUAAAUCCAACCACUACGUGGGUGCUCACAGCGCUCUAUCUGACAUCGGCGUUAGUGAGAUCGACAACCUGCUGCUGCAAAUGCCUAAGAAAUGCUUAUUACCCCCAACAUUCUAGAAUCAGCUUCAAGAUUACCCCGUACACUUUUUGUGAAUUCCUAUCAAAAACAAGAUGCAUAACUUGACUGGUCGGCUUCGCAAAAUUAUAAGUGUGAGUCAUGUUUGUAAGGGCGAGAAAAUAUUUUCUGUGUCUAACAAACAUCUUCAUGCUAUUUUGAUUGCAUUUCUGCAAAACUUGUAGAGACCAAACAAUAUUUAAAUUGACCAACUUUAUAUUGUAUAUCGUAGGAAUAUGGUCAAUAUGAUGAUCAACUGAACGGCAAGGGCUGCGGGUUCUUUGGCAAGCUGCUCACAGUAACGGCAGGCUGCCCUUGUUAGUUAACGUUAUUUAAAGCACAAUGCAAUAUCUAUGGAUAAAAUCUCACUUCAUUUUACAUGUGAUCGAAUCGUCCUAUUUUAUAACUGGUUGAUUACAACUACUGGUUUGCCUUAGGGUAUCUGAAAUAUUUAUGAUAAAGGUAUUCUUAACAUGACAAGAUUAUUAGAACACCACAAGUUAAAUUCAUUAAUAUAUACAGAUCGGAAAAUGUGGUAUUUUGUGUAUUAUUUUGCUCCGAAACAAUGGAUAUGCAAUCAGCGUGAUUAUUAAAGGGUGAUCUAGGUAUGUUGGGUGUAGACUAUAAAAGAGAAACACACAAAAGAGCACGAUUGACAGUGAUGGAAAAGGUGCCCAAAACACGCCUGAAGUAACCAGUUGUUUAGAUCAUUCAACGUGCAAUAUACAAGUUAAAGUCAGUAUGGGUAUAAACUGGGUUCAUUCCAGGUACAGUGAGUGCGUGAGUAUGGUUUUACGCCGCUUUUAGCAAUAUUCCAGCAAUACCACGGCGGGGGACACCAGAAAUGGGCUUCACACAUUGUACCCAUGUGGGGAAUCGAACCAGAGUCUUCGGCGUGACGAGCCAACGCUUUAACCACUAGGCUACCCCACCAUCCCUCCCAGAUACAACUGAACAGCACUGUUGUAAGUUGUAUACGAGAUGUGGGAUAUCUCUUAUUAUCUACUGACCCGUUAAUAAUGACUUUGAGUAUAUUUUGUUGUUAACUGCUCCAAAAUAAUAGUUAGAGAAUGAUUCAGACUUUAUUCAGUUUUCACCUCAGCAAGUACUUACGUAUGAUUUGUUGGUUCCGCAACUAGUGGUACACUAUUGCACACGAUGCUGGCGGGUAUUAGUGUACAUAGGCUGCACAGACACUUUGUGAUUGGGAAUGUACAUUACAUUUGCCAUGGAGACACGUGGUGAUAUGACUAUUUUCUAUAUCUGCACCAGCAUUAAUUAUCACGUGAGAUGUGCAGCAAGAUGGAAUAAAGUGGAUGUUUUUGUA